AUGUCAACACCGCUAACUAUUAAUGGUAUUAACAACAAAAAACUGAAAUUACACCAAUUAUCUAAAAAAUUGACUAAUUUCUCUGAGCAAUUUUCAAAAGAUAUGCCACCAUGGGCGGCAGCAAUGCUAGAAAUUUGUAAUUCAGUUAUGGAAUUAUGUAAGGAUAUUCUUACAAGUGAACAAGAACAACAACAAUCCGAAACAAAUCCUAAAUCUUUAUUUGGAGACCCUUUCUCUGCUAGCAACAAACAUCAAAAUUCCUCUUUUAAUGAUCAAUCCUAUUUUGCUAACAUAAUAAACAACGCUAUUCUUGAUGCUGACGAAAUUAAAUCUAAAUCUAAAAGAGUGGUUAUUGAACGAGCUCCAGACAACACAGACAUCAUUAAUAUAGCUAAAAAAAUUGCGGCUGAUUGUGGAGUGUCAGAAGAUUUGUUGGAAAACGAAAUUCAUCGUCAUCCACGUGAGUCUAAAGAUGGAUAA